GUAAUCAUCGUCGUCGUCGUCGCCGUCGUCAGUGUUUUUAUAAUCAUCAACGAACACACGACGUCAAUUUUUAUGGACUGCAAACAAAAAUAAUAUAAACACACAAAAGUGAAGAGAGCGUGAAAAAAAACACGAGCGAUACAAAGUGAAUGGUGGAAGAAGAAAAAAAUUUUGCAAACCGAGGGUGAAGCGAGAAAAAAAAACACCGAUUCUGAAAAGCAAUAAAACGUCAACAUUAAACAAAAUUCAAUUGGAAUUUUAUGCUGGCACACGGACACAAGAGUGCUGAGAGUGGCGAGUUUUCGUUUCAAAAGUGAAAAAACAUUUUUGUUUUGUUCGUCCGCAAUUUAAUUGAACCGAUUCAUUGUGUCGACACAAAGUAAAUACGUAUUUGGUUUAUUUGCCAGUGCUGUUGAUUAAAUUCGCGACUUUUUUUUUCUCCUCAUCUCAUUUCGCCUUAUUCAAGCGGCAACUCUGAUUCUCUCUCGUUCAAUUUGUUUAUUACGUGUGUGUUUUUGUGUGUGUUUUUAUCGUAUCAUAUUUUUUUUGUUAUUAUUAUUUUCUCGGUUCUAUAUAUGCAUCCGUUUAUUAUUGCGAGUGUUUUCGUCGAAUUCGUUCGUUGGAUUCAUAUUGUUUUUCUAUUUAUUUAUUUUCCUUCGUGUGUUUCAAUUCCGCCCAGGGAAAAAUAUUAGUGUAUAAUAAUAAAGAAAAGUGCCAUCGAAUCAAGAACAAUACAACCCGGGUCAUUGAAAAUAAAAAAAACAUUGCAAACAGAAGAGAGAGAGAGAGAGAGAGAGAGAGAGAGAGAGGAUAAAAAACAAUAAUCAGUUGGUUUGGGAUUUGGGACAUAUGACAACGUGAACAUUUGAAACGUGAUUCCGUUGAGAUAGAGAGAAACCGAUACUGAGAGAAAGAGAGCAAACAAGCAGCCAACAACAACAACAACAGCAGCCGUAGUAGCAAUACACAAAAAAAAGUAUGGCCAAUUAAGAUUCCGUGUUUCGGGGACACAAUACAAGGAGCUCUGCUAAAAACACGAACACAGAGUUGUAUGGAGAGAAACAAGAUUCCUUAUUUGUGAUUCUUCGCUUCAUUUUUUUUCUCUUCUGUUUGUUUUCGGUGGCAUUCAUCGCGGAACGUUUCAAUGUGUGUGAAUCAUUUCAUACGUACAACAAUAUAUAAGGCUGACUUCAUUUCCCCCACCGAAUCGGUUGCCAAUUCUUAUACAUCAACAUAAUAGUGUGUAUCAUCCAAAAAAAAAAACAGAAGAGAAAAAAAUCAACAACGGCAGCGACAACCCAAAAAAAAAACAACAACGCGAGUUUUUUCAUCUUCAUUGACUUCUUUUCAUAAAAAUCGGGAGCAAGACCCAACAGCCGAACCUAGCCCGAAUAAAAAAGACUCAUUGCAAUUGCACAUCGAUGUAUUUGUUACUGUGACUCGAUCAAUUGUUCGAUAUUUUUUCUUUUCGAUUUGGUGCAAAGAAAUGAAAUAAAUCAUAUUUUUCUUCGUUUAAAAAGUGGAAAACGGUUCGUUUAAAACGAAUAUCUAAUUCGCAACUCUUCGCACUAGCACAUCAAUUGGAUUUCUUUCGAGCGCGAUUCGGUAUUUUUUUUUUCUUCUUCGAUUCAGUUAAUUGCACUUUUAGUUACAUGGUUAAUGUGUACUAUUAACAAUCGUUGACCUGAACACACACACUCUCUCUCUAUAUCGCAACAUAAAAAUUCGCGCGCGGCUACCGACUAUUUACACCGUCAGCUAUGUGCACAUCUUGACGUGUACGAAUACAGCGUGUGUGCUUUUUUGUUUUGCCUUUUAUUAUUUUGAUUUGAUUUCUUCUACUUUUUUCGUGUUACUAUCCAUCAUUCGGUCAAGUAAAUUCAGUGUUUUGUGAUUUGUUGUGUUUUAAAACGAAAAAAAAAACAGAAACAAAGUCUUAUUUAAUUUUUAAAUCAGUUUGAAAGCGCCAUAGUGUUGUUGUUUAUGUUAAUUUUCGCGUGCUAUCGUGUGUUCGUCACUAUCACUGUUCUUCAAGCGGCUCAGCAUUUAUUACAAUUAUCGUCGUCAUCAUUAUCAAUCGGUUUUUAUGGAAGAGAAGAAAAAGAAAACAGCAAGUAACAAUAUAAAACGAAGGCCGUUGAAAAACUUGAAUUCAAUUCGUUCGAAUGUUUUUUUUUUCGUUGAUCGAAAAGCAUUUAGUUUUCGUUUACACUGCGCUUGAAUCAUAUCGCACGCCAGCCGCGACUCGUUUGCAUUUCUCUGCAUGAAAAUAUACUUGUACAUGUUUGAUUACCGUUUGCACCCUCGAAAAUAGAGAGAAGAAAGAAAGACAGAGAUAGAAAAAGAGAGAGAGAGAGCGAGGGAUAGAGAGCAAAACGACAGAAAAAAAACAAAAAUUAUUUUAAAAUAAAUCGUCGUUGCCAAUGACUUUUUCGCGUGUGCUGUGACACAGUUUUCUUCUUGAUAUUUUCUGUGUUUUAUUCCGACUCGUUGCUUGUUUGUUAUUUAAGAAAAAAAAAGAAAGGAACGAACAACAAAAACUCAGAAAACACCCGAAUGUGCUUGCCUAACUCAACCAUUCGACUCCAACCACACUGUGAUUUAACCAUUGCCUGCCCGACACCAACAUUGACUUAGACGUGUGCCGUUUUUCGUAGUUGUUGUGAUUUAACAUUAUUGUUUUUCUAUACGCCGAUCCAUCCAACGACAACAACAUUUCCAACAUUUUUCGUAAAUUGUUUCACAGAAAAUCGCGUCAUAAAACCAAAGAGGUGCCGGCGACCAUGGACGCGAAUUUACCAAAAAGUGUUUCACGUCAGCAGCUUAACGGCCAAAUGAUGUUAAAAUACACGAACGUUGUUAAAGGUUGGCAAUAUCGAUGGUUUACGGUAGACGCUCAAACGGGUAUUUUACGGUAUUUUCUACCGACGAACAACUGGUCAUCGUCAUCGACCAACAACAUUGCCACCGCUGACACCCACAGCAUAUCCAGUGGCAAUCGAAGCUUCGAUUUUGAUGCAUUGAGCACGAGCAGCGGAUUUAAUGCCGAUAGCCCAACAUGGAAUCACAUUGGCACCACACCAAGGUGGCAGGAGCAUUUAGCAGGUGCGGUGAUCACUUCGGGUGAAGAAGAUUCGCGAACGUUUACCAUCACUUGUGCAUCAGGUGAUACGUUAAAAAUUCGUGCAGCAAAUGCGGCCAGCCGUCAACAAUGGGUGGAUGUGUUACGAGGCAUCGCUGAAGCGCACAGUUCACAAGUGUCAGCCAUAAAGCACAAUUUCCAUCGAAAGCGAUUCUCAAAAAAGCAUUUUCCAUCCAUCGGUUCACACACCGACAUUUUGCCAUCACGUGAAAAUGCUGAUGCAUACACAAAUGCACGCCAACAAAUUCACCAAACAGAACUAUGUAAUGCUGCCUUAGCCAAAGCAAUUGAAAAUGUAGUGGGCCCAUUGAGUCCAACCGAUCCGGAUGUCCUGAUGUUGAAAGCGAUUUCAUCGGCCAGUACAAGUUGUCUAUUGCAAUGUUUAGCUUUAAUUCAACGUCACCAUGAAAUAAGCGGCGACGUUCGUGUACGAUCACAUUCAGAAGCUGCUUUUUAAAAUUUAAACAACAACAAUUACCUAGAUAACCAGAAAUCAAUGCUAUGCCGCGCUCGCGCUCGUUCGAUGCAAGCAACAAUUUAAAUCGAUUCAUUUUCAACCGAACAGAAAAACACAAAAUAAUUAAAUGAGAAAAUAUAUAUAAUGUCGCUAUUUUUUAUACAAAAACCUCAGCAAACACAAUGCGCGCAUACAUACGACAAGCGAAUAGAUUUUCAAAGAAAAAAAAUUCCGGCGAAAUUCGAGCGAAAUAAAUGCGUUGAAACAAAAAAACAACCAAUUUGCCCAACAUCUACUGCUAAGUCUUGUUAGGUUAUACGUUCAUAUAUCAAUUUUUUCAAAAAAAAAAAAAGAAA